UUAGCAUAUAGGCGAGUCAGUUGGUAAGAUCUGAUCUAACGAUGAACACGUACCGUUGGACGGUUACACUUUUGGCUUGCUUUUUGGCUCGCGGACUCGGACUCGGACAUGGAGAUCCCAUAGUGGAUUUGUGCAGGAAAAACAUUGCGGACGCCAAUCUGGAAGAGGCGCUUGGCAAUCUGACCAGGGACAAAAUCGUGAUCGAUCUGUGCGUUAACCAGCUGGAAAACAUUGAUCGAGAUGUCUUCCGGCGAUUCUAUCAAUUAGAAGGGAUGCUGUUAAACGACAAUCCGGACUUGGGGUUUCCUACGGAUGGAUCACCAUUCCUCGUAAUUAAAUCUCUGACAGAACUGCAGUGCGUGAAUUGUGGUGUUGAGAAAAUUUUAAAAGGAUCUCUGCAAGGUUUGCCCAAACUCGUGCGGAUCAUUUUGAACCACAAUCGCAUCACGGAUAUCGAAAAACUUGCUUUUCGGGAGAACUGUGAACUUCGACUGAUAGAUCUCAAGCACAAUUUGUUGGAAUGGCUGCCCAACGAACUGGUAGAAGGAUUAAGAAAUCUUGAACAGCUGGACCUCAGCUUCAACCGGAAACUCAACGUCGAUGGAGAUCAACCGUUUCUCUACAGUAGCACCUUGAAAGAGCUGAAAUGUGAGGGUUGUGGAUUCACCGUAAUCUAUGAACAAACGUUCGCCAAACUUCCAAAUCUUCGAAAGUUGGAUCUUAAAGAAAACUACAUCGAAUCGGUACAGAGCAAUGCCUUUCAACUUAUGUGCAAUCUCGAAAAGCUAUGGCUACAAAACAACCAACUUGUGAGCGUUUAUGCCGAGCUGCCAAAUAGUGAUAAGCUUCAGUUGUGCCUCGAGAACAACACAGAUCAGUUGUUGUGUGAAGUUCAAAAACUCGAACGCUGGCACAAAUUUCAAUGUCAAAUAGAAACAAAAACAGUAGUAGAUUGUGCCCAAUUUACCGAACCACCAACUGAGCCAACAACCCUUCAAACUGAAAUCUCCGUCUUCAGCUUAAAUGAGAGUCCAACAACAACACGCACCACAACAGUCCCAACUCCCCCAGCAGAACCCAUGGUCAUAUCAGACUGCUACAUCAGCAGUUACCUGACCAUCAUAACCCUUGCCCUGAUCGGGGCCGUGGUCAUCGUGGUGGGCGUUUGGCUCAAGAAGAAAAAGUACGACUCGGAGCUGAAGCUGAACAGUCUCGCCAGAACCGCCCUGAACCAAGUUCAAUCUACAUACCUUUGAAUUUGAUGCUAUGAGUCAGCCGGACACUUCAACAGUCAACAGAUUAGCUUGCGAGAAACUCUCGAGAUAAGAAAUGCCUUUUUUAUUGUUGUUUAUAAAUACUAAGCAUUGAUCUGAAAAGGAGGCGCCCGUUGGCUUGUUGACAUUGAAACCACGUGAUAUCAAUAAUCAAUGGUUUUGAUUGACAGGAAAUAUGAUAAACGAUAUGCAUUCUUCGUUGGCAGUGUUGUUUUUUUCAGUGAUUGCAUAAAUUAAAUAUUAUGAUUUAGAGAUAUGAGUAUUCGGCCAGUACUUGGUUUGAUCAAAGUUAGAGAUGCGAAAAAAGCUUAUCUUGCGAAUCCUAGAAUUUAAUUGAUUUCAGUAAGCGAAGAUCAUGAACACCAACUCCCAAGCUCGAGAAAAAGGAGCGCUUCAAUAAAAAUUCCCUAGCAGUUGAACUACACCCAGAACUGGGCAUCGGCACACGAGAGGAUAAAGAGCACGAUUCGGUAGUAAAAUGGUACUGUGUGCGGACGGAAAGGAUAAAUCCCGAAAUUACCGAGAGUACUUUACUCAUGGUUCAUUUUCCAAAAAAGUUCAUCUUUAAAAAAACAAGUACCGGUACCGAGACUCGAACCCAAGACCUUCGGCAUAUUGAACCGUGCCUUUGCCGUAUGGGCCACCAUGGCUCGGUGACUAAGUGGUGGUCGUUUGUCCAUAUAAGCCACUCAUAAGAUGAACUAUUCCAAUAAACGAAUGAACACGCGAGAGGACUAUACUCUCGCAAUAUAGCACUUUCCUCACGUUUCUUUUCGUGAGGACUACCCCCUCGUUCUUUAACUUUGGGUGUAUGGCUUAUCUCUGCUUAUAAAAACUAUAUAGCUUUAUUUUUAAUUAAAAUGUAAAAAAAAUACUAGUUGUAAAUAUAAAUUCUUAAUAAAAAUCUGA